UCCAUGAAAAAUUUACAAAAGUGAUGGGAGAGAUCGUCGCAUGUUGGAUUUUAACCUCUGUGGACAACAAAAAGCUAUUGUUUCUGAGCAAGUGGAGGAUUUAUUUUUCUGUGAAAUUAAUUUUUAAUUAUUUUUUUUAAUAAAUAUUUACUCUUCUUCUAUGUGAAUCAGCUAACAGCAUGGGGAUACUGCUAUUAUUCGCUGUCUUGGAAUUGGUGACAGUCGGUUUGGUGACCGCUGGCUGCCCAGUGGUGUGCGAGUGUCCCGCAGGGCCUCCGUCCUGCCCCCCAGGGGUCAGCUCGGUCCCGGACGGUUGCGGUUGCUGCAAGGUGUGUGCCGCCCAGCUCAACCAGGACUGCCACGAAGGACGGCCCUGUGACCACCAUAAAGGCCUGGAGUGCAACUACGGCAACGAUGUGGGCCGUACCCACGGCAUCUGCAGGGCAAAGGCAGAAGGCCGCUCGUGCGAAUACAACGGGCGGAUCUAUCAAAACGGCGAGAACUUCCGCGCCGGUUGCAAGCACCAGUGCACCUGCAUCGACGGAGCGGUGGGCUGCGUGCCCCUUUGCCCCAGCCACGUGCCCCUGGCGUCCUCUUCCUGUCCUGCUCCGCAAUUGGUCAAAGUGCCCGGCCAGUGCUGCCUCACCAUCGACUGCCACAAGGGAACCAUCGUCGUGCCCCCGGUGCACCGUCGACCCCAGCCUCCGGCUUACCCACCUUACCCAUUCAUCCCCUACCCGGCCUACCCUUUCCCAAAGCCCUAUCCGAAACCUUACCGGAAGCUGUACCCCUACAAGCCCAAAAAGGACAAGGACACCCUGGGCAACGAGCUGGUGGAGGUGGGGCGCAAGUGGGACAAGCCACGUGGAAACAAGCACCUGGCGGCCUGGAGGCAGGUGGGAGAUCAGUGCGUGGUUCAGACUACUUCCUGGUCCCAGUGUUCCCGGAGCUGCGGGAUGGGCGUCUCCUCUCGUGUUACCAACGACAACGCCCGGUGUAAGCUGAUCAAGGAGACACGUCUGUGCAACAUUCGUCCCUGCAGCUCCAUGUCUCUCCCUGUCAAGAAAGGAAGGAAGUGCUCUCGUACCCACAAGGCCCCUGAACCCCACCGCCUAUCCUACGCCGGCUGCAGGAGCACUCGCCUGUACAGGCCCAACUACUGCGGCGUGUGCAGAGACGGCCGCUGCUGCUCGCCCCGUCGCACACGCACUGCCAGCGUGUCCUUCGCCUGCCCCGACGGCGAACGCUUCAACAGGUCCGUGAUGUUCAUCCAGUCCUGCAAGUGCAGCGACGAGUGCAACCACCUCAACGAGGCCGCCAUGCCUCCUCAACGAUGGCUCUACGGAGACACGCACAAGUUCAUCGACUAGUGGCGUCAUCCCCCCCAACAUACAUUCCCGCACAAAAAAAGACAUUAACUCCCCCCAUAGUGAUCCCCAUUAUAGAAUAGCUGUCCUUAGUGUAUCUAUGAGUAGACGCGAGCGAGGUGAGCACGUCUUUUCUGAAAGAUUAUUUGGGGAAGAAUGGGGAGAAGAAGAAUGGGAGCAUCUCCGUCUUGGAAAGAGCAAAGUGACCAGCCCCUGCUUUAGUGUAGAUAAAAAGUUGUUUCUGGCCCGGCCAGACUUCCACAGACUGUGACAAAACCUUUACGGUAAACAUGGAUGCAACCAGCCACCAUGUUGCUGGCGUGCACCAAAAGUCCCCAGAACUCUUGAGACUUUUUUUCGGGGACGAUGGAGCAAGAGCUGACACACACAAGCAUCAACUGCAUGUGUUUCUUUUGUUGAUAGAUUCACAUCACAGUUACUGAGCAACAGGUCCGACCAGCCAAUAGAAAGCUGGUCUGACGUUGCUUUGGAGCCAAAUAUGCACUCUGCUGGAAUCAAGUAUCUGUGCACUCCAAUAACUUAGUAUUGAUGAACCAAAUGAAGACUCGUAGAGAAGACUUGACGGCAGAAACUGGGAUCGUGACAGCAGAAGAUGGAGGGGCAUCUCAGAUGUUCUUACAGGAGCGUGGCUUGUGUCUUUUGAUGGUAUUUAUUCACUGGUAUUUAUUGUUGAGACAGACGUGAUGACACAGUGGCCGGCCACCAGGGAAGGCGGAGCUGCUAUGUUUGGAGCGUUGAAUGGGGGGAUCUGAGAGGGACAAAACAGCUGAGAGCUGUCAGCCGGGAGAGGAGGACUCGCACAGAUCCGGGGCUUGACCCCCGGGGGUCACGAUUGGAGGUCACGGCGGUCAGAAAGCCAUAUCUAAUGAUGGAUGAUGAAGGCUACAGGAGAAGAGGCGGCAUGUACUAGAAAAAAAAGACCCGAUGGGUCGGGGCUUUGUACGCAUUAGCGGGGAAUAUGUCAAAGGUUGUUUACACAGCUGGACUCGUCCCCAUGCCUCGCCUCCACAAGAAACUGAGACAUUUAGCAAGCACCACAAGAACAAGCCUGGGAUUCUGGCGCCGAGACGUCAACCGCCUAAUUCCACGCAAAUUACAAUCUUGACUCUGAGAGAAAAUCAGCCACUCUCUGGUUUGCUAUAAAAAUAAAAUUUGCGUGUACUGAGUUAAACAUGUAAUUUGGGACUCGCGGGCGGAACCGCUCUGGUGCCCGAUCGGGGCCUGUAAUCGAGCAGCAUGCCAGCUCGCUGACACAAAACAAUAACUCAUGCCUCUUCAUGUUUAAGUGGCGUCUGAAAAAUGCUGUUGAAGGCUGUGUUGUCAGUUGACGUCACUGUCAGGGGUGGAGAGGAGCUUUGCGGCCCUGCAGAGGACGGGGCCAGACGUCAAUAAGAACCUAUUCCUGAGGACAUUUUGGAGGAGGGGAAUUCUGUAUUAUUCUAUCAUUUCUGUGGCCAAAAUCAUUUACUAUGUCUGAACACAAGCAUCUCACUUAAAACUGGGACUUGGGUUCAAGUUCACGCACCUUACGACAGCCUUGAUUCAAGACCUUUUAUCUCACGCAAAGGUAACACAGAGGGACUUUUAUCGUUACUGAAUACACAUUUUAAAUGGGUGAUUUGAAGCACCAUUUUAUUAUUUGAAAGAUGUGUUUUUUCUUGUGCCAUAAGAUAGUGGCUUUUUUUUCAGUUGUCUGUGAAACUGGAAAUUAUUUGCAUUUUCUACCAUCUAUGGCUACAGUAGGCUUUCUCUACUGCCUCGGAGCCCGACAACCUUAUUAGGGAGUUUUAAACUUUACAGGUCAUUUAAAAACAUUGUGUUGCCAUUGCUAUUUGCCGAUGUAGAUGCUGUGGUUUUGGUACUGUAUGUCUAGUUUUUGUUAAAGGACACUAUAGAGCAGCUAUGUACAGAUGCAUCGUUACCUUCUUUGUAGUUCUAUCUGCUGUAUAAGGGCCAAUCCUUUUACCGAGUUAUACUGAAGUAGUCCAUGUAUAGUUUAGCACUGAACAAAGCAGGGUUCAGAUCCUUUAUGAGCAUUACGUGCCAAUUUGAAAGCAUGAUGAUUGUAUGUCUACCAGUGUACAUUAACACCAUCUGUAAUAAUAAAGUCAUGCUUUUUAAGAUUACAUAUAAAAAAAAAAAAAAAGACUUGUUCCUCACGACAAACUGGUUGCUGAACACACGUUGGAUUUUAGAGUUGGAAUGAGUUCAUCAUUUUGCAUUUUUAAUAAAGACAUUUUCACCCCUA